UCCGCCGCCGCCGCCGCCUCUCUCUCUUUUCGUCCGUCCGAGCGAUUGAGUGUGCUGUGUGCGUGCGCCUAACCUACUUCGUUUUCGCCACCGAAUCACACACGCUUUUCUUUUCAGCGGUAUAGUAAUAUUGGCCGAAAAGGAACGAAAAAAAUAUGACUACCAACGGAGAGGAAACCACCUCGGAUCGCAACGUGGAAAUAUGGAAAAUCAAAAAACUCAUCAAGAGUUUGGAAAUGGCCCGAGGAAAUGGAACAAGUAUGAUCUCUUUAAUUAUACCACCUAAAGAUCAGAUCUCUAGAGUUAGUAAAAUGUUGGCCGAUGAAUAUGGUACUGCAUCCAAUAUUAAGUCACGUGUCAACAGAUUGUCUGUAUUAGGUGCUAUUACUUCAGUACAACAAAGACUAAAAUUAUAUACUAAGGUUCCACCAAAUGGAUUAGUAGUUUAUUGUGGAACCAUUGUGACUGAAGAAGGCAAAGAAAAAAAAGUUAAUAUCGACUUUGAGCCAUUCAAGCCUAUCAAUACUUCUUUAUACCUUUGUGAUAAUAAAUUCCAUACUGAAGCAUUGACAGCCCUUUUAGCCGAUGAUAAUAAAUUUGGCUUUAUCGUCAUGGAUGGUAAUGGUGCGUUGUUUGGUACACUUCAAGGAAACACUAGAGAGGUUUUACAUAAAUUUACAGUCGACUUACCUAAAAAACACGGUAGAGGAGGUCAGUCUGCGUUGCGUUUUGCCCGUUUACGUAUGGAAAAGCGACACAACUAUGUACGUAAAGUAGCAGAAGUUGCGACUCAGUUAUUUAUUACCAACGACAAACCUAAUGCAGCUGGUUUAAUAUUGGCUGGUAGUGCAGACUUCAAAACCGAGCUUAGUCAAUCCGACAUGUUUGACCCACGGUUGCAAGCUAAAAUCAUCAAGUUAGUCGAUGUUUCUUAUGGAGGCGAAAAUGGUUUUAAUCAAGCUAUUGAAUUAGCCGCCGAAUCGUUACAAAACGUCAAAUUUAUUCAAGAAAAAAAAUUAAUUGGACGCUAUUUCGACGAAAUCAGUCAAGACACUGGUAAAUAUUGUUUUGGAGUAGACGAUACGUUAAAAGCUCUUGAACUAGGAUCUGUAGAAACGCUAAUAUGUUGGGAGAAUUUGGAUAUUCAAAGAUACGUUCUGAAAAAUCAUACGACAGCAGAGGAAAAAAUAUUGCAUUUGACACCCGAACAAGAAAAAGACAAAUCCCAUUUUACAGAAAAAGAUACUGGGGUAGAACUGGAGUUGGUAGAAUGUCAGCCACUUUUAGAAUGGCUGGCGAAUAAUUACAAGAUGUUUGGUGCCACAUUAGAAAUUAUUACUGAUAAAUCCCAAGAAGGUUCACAGUUUGUGAGAGGAUUUGGUGGUAUAGGAGGUUUAUUACGCUACAAAGUCGAUUUCCAAAGUAUGCAGUGCGACGAUUUGGACCCGAACGAACUGUACGAUAUUGACGACUAUUAGGCGUUUUAAAUUUAGGACACCCAUUACAUCAUCUGGGUAACUACAAAUAGGUAUAAUAUGAUUCAUCAUAAUCAUAAGCAUGUUAAAAAUCAAGAUAUGUAUUAAAAACAAAUUCCUUAACUCUUAAGUUGUUCGAAAGAUAACGGAAUUAAAAUAAAACAAUAAUUACUCACCUGUGAAUUGUAAUCGUAUUUUAUUAAAAUAAUAAUAAUAUAAUGUAUUACAUUUUUUUUUUUUAAAUAAUACAAUUUUAAGUGUUCUAAAGAUAAAAUUUGUUCACAAUCACAGUAGGGGAGGUGUUACAGUGAUAUAAUAUAUCAGCGCAGCAAUAUGAAAAAUGGAACACUUGUUCUUAGAACUUCUGUGCAUUUCAGAAUAAAUAAAAAACAUAUAUUACGUUUACUCUAUAAAUGAGAGAAAAAUACCAUUUUUUUUUUUAUAACCAUACAAUUUUAUAUCAAUCUAUAUAUAUAUAUAUAUUAAUUGUACUACCAUUUGUAGAAAAUUUCCUCCUAAGUCUGAAAUAAAGUAUCUUUUGUUUGGUCAUCAUUUGAAACCUCGUCUAUUGCAUUCUUAUACUUUUUGGCUCUAUUGAUUUAAAUUAAAAACAAUAUUUCUAUACGAUUAAAACGUCUUAACUAUAAAUGUUUUGUGUAGAUAUAUUUUUAAAUAUUUUAUUAAAUUACCGUAUAGUUAAGAUUAAAAAUAAUUAUAUUUUUCUUUAUUACGCUUUAUAAAUCUAUUCUUUAGUUAAGAACUGUGUAUUUAACUAAAAACUAUCAAUUAAAUAUAAUUAUAGUACGUAGUUAUUACUUUGGCAUAUUUUAAUUUGUUUAAAUUGCUCAAGUGCUGCAUAAUAUUAUGUCGUUUUAAUAAAAAAAAUUAGAUAAUCUUUAAAAACGAUUAAGUGUAAAUUAAAUUUUGUGGGCCAAUGGAAAUGUAUUUUUAUUUUGUUUUUUUUUUACGGCCAUCUUUUCUAUAUCGAGAGUAUUUACAAUUGGUGUGUACACCAAAAACAAAACACCACUCGCCGACUAACCUUGUGGUUACAAAUUAAAGUACAAUUUAGAGUGAACCUUGUACAAUACUGUAGUAUGCAAGUAUUUCAAAUAAAAUAAUGUUUAUAAUUUUUAAAAUAUGAUUUUUUUUGUGGGAAUCUCCUUAGAUAAAAAAUACUAUUUUCUUUAGCGUCAUUAAUAUUUUUCAAAGUUUUAAAAAUCGUAGAACAUAAAAGUUUUGCAAGUUUAAAUAAAAAAAAUAUACUUUAUACUUAUGUUUUAGUUUUUUCAUGUGUAUAGACAAAAUUGUAUAAUACAAAAAAAAAAAAUAAAGUUACAAGAUUUCUAGAAUGAAUAAAUUAUUAUUAGAAAAUGAUAAA